UUAGAUGAGGCAACAAGGAAAGACCUUUUUACCGACACUUUCUGUAAAGUUUGCGGGGCAGUGCUGCAGUUUGAGUCCCAAAGGAUGUCACAUUACGAGGGCAAAAAACAUGCUCAGAAAGUUCGGCUUUACAUCCAAAUGCACAGUGAGAAGGAAGAGAGGCAGGAGCAUGGGAAACAGAAGAGAGAAGAUUGUAUCAAUUUUCAGAUGGAUGGAAGAGAAGCAGUGGACAAAAACAAGUACUGCAAUCUCUGCAACAUGAUUUUUACUUCCCCAGUUGUCGCUUUAUCUCACUACUUGGGAAAAAUCCAUGCUAAAAAACUAAAGCGAUUAUCAGGAGACCAAGCCCAGAUGUCAGCUCAGCAAACGCAGCCUGUCUCUGGUUUAUCCUCUACUUCCACGUCUCCAGCUUUGCCGAAACCCUCAACUGAGAAGCCCAUGCUGACUUCAAAAGCUGAAGAGUCUUCAUCAUCCUCCAGUACAAAUUUAGAGUUAAAUGAUCCAGACAAGUACUGCAAGCUCUGCUGUGCUCCCUUCAAUAAUCCACUGAUGGCCCAUCAGCACUAUGUUGGUAAGAAACACAGAAGAAACGAAGCACGUAAAAAGAUGAUGGAGGAGCUGGGAGACAAAGCUGUCCCUGCAGAAUCCAAAACAAAUGUUGGGGUUGGUCAUUACAUAUGUCCUAUAUGUAACAUCACACUUACAUCCAUAGAAAUGUACCAGUCCCACAUGCAAGGAAAUAAGCACCAGACUAAAGAAAUGACCGUUGUCAGUCUCGCGAAGAGUUCAAAGAAAGUUUAUGACUCCUUUCAGGAUGAACUAGCAGAUUACAUUAAAGUACAGAAAGCUAGAGGUCUGGAGUCAAAAACACCUUUUAGAAAGACAGAAGAGGAAGUGCUUCAAGGUGAAGAUGUCGAGGGAAGAAGUGACCCUGGUGAGGUUUUACCUUCAGACUUUACACGAGAACCAACCCAGCAUUCCAGCCUCUGCUCAGAAACACACUCACCUACAAACACGGGGGAAAAGUCACCAGCUUGUGAGAAUACACCAGAAAAGAUGCCUGAUUGUCACUGUAACGUGGGAUAUUGUAUAAAAAAGCAAGCAGCUGAGGUGGCUACCAUCAGUGAUGAGGACUUUGGCUUAUCAGUUGCUAAAUCUAAUGGCUCCCAUGAACUUGUGUCUCCUGAAACUGCUAUCAGUUCCUACAAAAAGGAACAGAAACUUCUGGGAAAACAUAUUAAGGAGGAAAAAUAUAUCGACGAAGAACUGAAGUAUGAGAAAAAAGGCACAAAGCAGAAAAGAAAGGAAAACAGCAAAGAUGAAGAUUCUGGAAUGGAAAGUGAGAAGCAAAAACGAGUGAAGGUGGACAUAGACUUGAUAAAUGAGAAGAAAUCAAAAUUUUACAAAGACAAAAGGCUUAAAGAAAGCCCUAGUGAAAAAGAGAGCAAAAAGCACAAAAAAGAUAAAAAGAAACCACAGCCAGAUGGCAAAACAGAGGAGGAGCUGCUUUGGGAUGAAUCUAUCCUGGGAUACUGAUACAGGUUUUGCUUAGCUUUAAGAAGCUGAUUCUGUGUCUAGACUCUCUUAACCAUUGUUUACUAUAUGAUGACUCUUUUUUUUUUUUUUAACUCAAACUUUUUGUCCCAAUCUGGAAGCAAGAAAAAUCCUGUCAUCUGAGACUUUGGGGUAGUAGCUUGGCAAAUGAAGAAAGCAGACCGCAUACGCCAGCCGCACUCGUUUAGGAGUGCUUGAGUGCCGACUCCUCCUCUGCCCGUGUGGUGAAGGUGUUACGUUGCCUAGCACGAGUAGAGCGUUGCACACGCCUGCCACGCAGCUGUAAACAGCGGGGGCUUGCCGGGCUUGGGGGAAUCCACGAAGAUUGGCCUCUACCCUCUCCCCGUUGGGAGUGCUUGCUGUAUAAGCCACUGCAGUUUGUCUCUCUCCCCCCGAAGGACGUGUGACUCUUACAGUGAGCCAUGUCCUUAAUGAUCUCAGUGACCUUGUGCUGGACAAGCCUUCUUCAGGUGGGGCGUGGAGAGAAUAACAUACCUGCAAUGUGGGUGGCUUCAGCCAAAACUCUCAUUCAUGCAUUGCUGGUGGCCCCAUCAGGGCAGAUCAGCUGGGAGGACAAGGCCUGUCCAGUAUGAGUAAUGUGUCCCAGUCUGAAGGAGAUGUGCAUGCCCUGCAAUACGAAUAUGGAGGAGAACAGUUUCUGUGGAGCAGCCGAUGCGCUGCUAAUUUGUACCAUCGUUCAGCUUGCUGAGCCGUGCCCUACGAUUUCUUCCUCAUCUCAGGUCAAAUGGCACAUCCACGUUCACUCGUUCAGCUGUCACCAACUUUCCAUGCUUCAUGACUGAGUAGAGCCUUGCGUUACUUCUGUAAACACUGAGAAGAAAGGGAACAGUAGUCAGAAGUUCAUGGGGUUGUUUUUUUUCCCUUUUUCUCUUAACGUGCCCUAUUCCAAGUAACGCCUUGCCGAUCUCCUUUCAGGUCCCGAUACUGGAACUGCUGAGAGCAGCUGGAGGACAAAGGGCAUUUUGAUUGUCUCCUGCUGUAGAAGGAAGCCUAACUGUUAAUUACAGCGUAUUAAUUGAAACCAUGUGUGCAUUUCUGUUAGUUCUGCUAAACUCAACAGUUGUGCCAACGAUAAAUCUCUCUCAAAACAGGAAA